AUGGCUGAGAAAAAGGCGGACGCCCCGGCAGCCGGCAUGCUCUGGGGUGGCAGGUUCACAGGUGCAAUUGAUCCUCUCAUGCACAAGUACAAUGCCUCCAUCGGGUACGACAAGGCCCUGUACAAGGAAGAUAUCCUUGGAUCCAUUGCCUUUGCGAGGGCCAAUUCAAAGGCUGGCAUCAUCAGCGAAGACGAAUUCCAGGCGAUCGAGCGUGGCUUGCUCCAAGUGAUGGAAGAAUGGAAGCAGGGCACUUUCGCCAUCAUGCCGAAUGACGAAGAUAUUCAUACGGCAAACGAACGUCGCCUGGGAGAGGUCAUCGGCAAGGACAUCGCGGGAAAGCUUCACACAGGUCGCAGCCGCAACGAGCAAGUUGUCUGUGAUAUGCGCAUGUGGCUUCGCGAUCGGAUCCGCGAAAUCGACAGCCAACUCGUUGCUUUCCUCAAGGUCAUUAUCACACGUGCCGAAUCUGAAAUCGACUACAUCAUGCCCGGAUACACCCAUCUCCAGCGCGCUCAGCCAGUUCGGUGGUCUCAAUGGCUCAUGUCCUAUGCCGCUGCGUUCAAGCAGGAUCUCGAGCGGUUGCGUCAAGUCUUCGAGAGGGUCAACCUCAGUCCACUUGGCUGUGGCGCCUUGGCCGGCAAUCCAUUCGGAAUCGACCGAGACUCAAUAGCUGCGGAGCUUGGCUUCAGCGGAAUCACCUUGAACUCCAUGAAUACUUCGGCCGACCGCGAUUUCCUCGUCGAUUUCCUGUCCUGGAACUCCAUCUUCACCAACCACGUCAGCAGGUGGGCUGAGGACCUCAUCAUCUACUCGACCUCUGAGUUCAGUUUCGUCCGUCUGGCCGACGCCUAUUCCACGGGCAGCUCUCUCAUGCCCAACAAAUUCAACCCGGACUCGUUGGAGCUUCUUCGCGGCAAGUCAGGGCGUGCUUUCGGCCAAAUGGCUGGUUUGAUGAUGACUCUGAAAAGCUUGCCAUCUUGCUACAACAAAGAUCUCCAGGAAGGAUGGGGGCCCAUGCUGGAUUCGGUUCAGACUGUGUCGGAUAGUCUGGGCAUCGCCAACGGCGUCAUUGCUACCUUGAAGGUGCGGCCAGAGCGGAUGGUGGCUGCUCUGGACAAGACGAUGCUGGCCACUGAUGUCGCAGAGUGGCUGGUGAGGAGGGGAUGUCCGUUCAGGGAGGCUCACCACAUUUCUGGACGCGUCGUUGCACAGUCCGAACAACUGGAGAUUCCAAUGGACAAGCUGACCCUCGAGCAACUGCAAGCCAUUGAUUCUCGGUUCACAGCAGACAUUGUGGAGGCAUUCGAGUAUGAGACGAGUGUCGAGGCGAAGGCGGCUAAAGGCGGUACCAGCCGAUCAAGCGUGCUGGAGCAGAUUCAGGUUCUCAGGGCCAUGUUGGAAUAGGGGGCUUGAUUGCCUGGUGCAGGGAGCAAUCAGAUCAAGGGAAUCUGGGACGGACACUACGAAUGCCACGCUUCUUACUAUGGAAAGGAAUAUGAGCGAUGCUUUUCAAUGAAC